AUGGAGAAUAAUAAAAUCAUAAAAAUGACAAAAAAGUUGGGAACCUAUGAAAUGUUUAUGAAUCAGUACAUUGUAAAAUAUAAGAAUACUAAAGUUUGCUAUUUGUGUAAAAACAAGAUUACGAGUAAUCAUAUUGAGAAAAUGGAAAAUAUAUGUCCAAAAAUGUGGAAAUAUUUUCAUGGCUUAAUUAACCAGCCACAGUGCCCUUUGCAAAGCUUUGGAAAAGUUUUAAAGGUGAAGGAUUUGAGAUUUGACGAACUGGAAAAAUACAAGGACGGUCUGCAGAGGAACUGA